AUGACCGAGUGGUAUAGAAUGAAAACGGGAUUCAUUAGCAAGAAUGAUUCUUCAGAAUUGUCUGCCGAAACAUCUUGCGAAAUGUCAGACUCCUUUAAUGCAUUUUCGGACAAUUUGAGUCCGAUUCCACCUUCCAUAGUGCCUAGAAAGUUGGAUUUUACUAAUAUGGAUGACGAUGACCAUCUUAAGGACGCUUCACAGCCUCCUGUUUCACAUAGCCCUCCAUACAAGCGGGUUAGAGCCCUAAGACUCUUCGACAGUCCACACACCCCAAAGACGUUGUUAGAGAAAUGUUCAACCCCCUCCCACCAUCCGGCGAGAUCCAGACUAUUUCCACCCAAAUUAAAUGCACAGUCGGGCAUGCCAUCAGGUUCCAGCCACCAUCUACAUCCACCAUCUGGGGAUGACGACAGCGCGCUCGGAAGCCUCCCACCAGACGAGUUCGAUGAAUCGCGCCUGGUCGUCAAGAGACCAGUCGCUAACAUUAAUCCAUUCACACCUGAUGGCCAAGCUUUGAACAAGAAGAAGCGAGCGCUGUCUAAAACACCAACUUGGGGUGAUCCUACACCGGAACAACCUGCUAAAAGGUUGAGGGAGUCCAACAUAUCCCGGUAUAAUGUGGAGUUCGUGGAGCUCGGUGAUCUGGGCCGCGGCUCGUUCGGUCGCGUGACGAAGUGCGUGAACAAGUUGGAUGGGUGCGUGUACGCGCUGAAGCGCUCGCUCCGGCCCGUGGCGGGCUCGUACGCGGAGCGCGCCGCACUCACCGAGGUGUACGCUCACGCCGCGCUCGGGAAACAUCCACAUGUUGUCAGGUACUACUCAGCAUGGGCUGAGGAUGACCAUAUGAUCAUUCAGAACGAAUACUGUGACGGUGGCUCCCUACAACAGAAGAUGGAAGAUGGACCUCUACAGGAGAGUGAAAUUCUCUUACUUCUGGCGCACAUAGCUGAUGGACUAGCUUACAUCCACUCCCUCCAACUUGUUCACAUGGAUGUGAAGCCCGGGAACAUAUUCAUCUGCAGUGGUGAGGGGGAGCCUUUCCAUGACUCUGAUGAUGGCUAUGACGAUGAUGAGCUUCAAUAUCAUCAUAAGUAUAAGAUCGGUGACCUGGGCCACGUGACCUGUAUAUCAUCACCUUCUGUGGAAGAGGGCGACUGUCGGUACCUACCCAAGGAGGUGCUCCAAGAAGAUUUCACACACCUCACUAAAGCCGACAUAUUUGCCUUUGGUUUAACAAUAUUCGAGGCAGCUGGUGGAGGUCCUCUGCCUAAGAACGGUCAAGAAUGGCAGGACAUCAGGGAAGGAAAACUUCCCGACUUGCCCAAUCUUUCCAGGGAGUUAAAUCAAUUGAUUAAGAAAAUGGUGGACCCGGAGCCGCAGGUCCGUCCGUCGGCGGCGCGGCUGCGGCGCCACCCGCUGCUGCACCCGGCCGGGAACAAGUCCAAGGCUCAGCUGCGCCGCGAGCUCGCCGCCGCCAACCAGAAGAACGAGCUGCUCGCGCGCAAGCUGCAGGAGGCCGCCAGGUGCAUAAAAUCCCUAACACCGAACUUGGUGGCCAAUCAAGAAUCGGCGAAAUUUCGCACGAGAUCAGCCAAAAGGUUACAGAAACCAAGAAUGGACAUCAACAUCGCUGAUAUGAUCCAAUCCGUGACGUCACCUAUCAGAAUAGAUCGCGCCAUGCACAGAAGAAUAAAGAAAGUAUAA